AUGGUGACAUGCUGCCUACUCUGGCUUCUGCAACGCCGCCUGCCCCCAGAGCAGAAGUUCAAAUGGUGUGCCUUGCAUCUCUGCCACCCAAACCGCGCAGAUGCACGGGAUGAAGAAGGCUGGGUACACUGGGCCUGCUCGAAGCUGGGAGUGGAGGUCCUCACUUACAGGCUACAGAUUCGAAGGCCUCAUGGAAUCCUCAAGACUGGCAUCUCACGAGAGCGCUAUGAGGAAAAGUCGAAACAGAUCCGGUUUCGGAUGUACUCCCGCUGCUUGGCACACUUGGGCGUUUCGGCUGACAUGGGUGCGGCACUGGUAGCGCACCAUGAGGAUGAUGCAGAUGAGAACAGACUGGCAGAGCUUGGGAAGGGGAACAUCAUCCACAUCGACGGCAUGCUGCCUACAAGCGUGACGCAAGGUGUAACAGUCAUCCGGCCCUUGCUCAGGCUGCGGAAACGCGAGCUGAUUGCUUUCGCCUAUCAAGCAGACCUGUGCUACAUGCAGGACUCCACUCCGAAGUGGAGUCGCCGUGGCUGGAUCCGAUAUGUUCUGGAUGAGCUGAAGGCAGAAGAGGAGGAGAGUUUCGAUGAGCUACAGACGCUGCUGUCUCGAGCGGGCGUGGCCUCCGCGACCCUCGGCGAGACGAUCGAUGCAUCUUUGGAGAAGUGGAAGGAGUGCGACAUCAGGUGUGGAGUGAUUGAUGUCCCGGAAGUGAUGUUCACCACCGGAGACAUCAAGAAAGGCCAGCAACAGGUUGUUCAUCACUUCAAUGCGCAUCGCGUGCCAGUGGUUGUUUUUAGGUUGCCCGCUCUCUUCCAGCUUGCCGAUGAGUUUCGCCAGAAGGUCACGCAGUUGAUGGAGGAUUUCCGAGGGAUCGCGGCCAUCUGGAAUAAGGCCAUCGAGAAGCAAUCUGGUGCUCCGCGUGACUCUGCUGGUGCAAUGCAAGCCCUGGAGGAUUUCGCCGAUGAGGCACCAGGGGGAUGCCCUCUUCAGGUUAUCCGCGUUUGCGAGGGGCCUUUCGAGAUGGGUCCAUUUGUGCUGGGCCGCGCUCUGUGCGUUGCACUGAAUGCGGUGCCAGAGGUGGAUCGCUUGCUUGGUGGUCAGCUGGUCGCAAGGAAAGCAUUGAAGCACGUGUGGGAUUGCGUUGCCCGUGCGCGGCGUGAGCAUCACUGGGGCACAUUUCACAAGAUGUGCCCUUUCCUCUAUGUGCGCGAGUCCAGCAGCCUGGUUCUCUGCGAUGCGGAAGAGUGUGGGCCAGAGUUCUCAGAUGUGUUCAUGGUCUUGAUCGUGCUUUUCAUGUUGCUCUCGUUCCACAUGCACAAAUUUGAUUAUGUACCCGGCAAACCAUGGGACACGCUGCCCGAUCCUUUAGAGAUCCCUGCGGCACACUUGACCGUUCUUGUGCACUUCUACGUUUGUGCCGCAGCAUCGUUCCUCCUCUCCCUGAUGUUGAUGUUUUGCCUGCGAACGCGGCCUCACCACUGGAUGGUUGACGAGGACGAGGACGGGAAUGACAAUGGGGCGUACUUCUCUGAGACGCUUCAUUUCCGAUUCUUUUACCUCUCGACCGUCGGAUAUGGCGUCGCUGCAGCAGCCACGCAGGUUUACCCAGGUGAUAGAAACUGGGCCAUGGUAACGGGCAAGGUGUUCAUCAUCCUUGCUUGGACCUGCCUGCUUGCAGUUAGCUGCGGGGCGGCGCAUGCCCUGUGUCCAGAGAAGAUGUUGACAGCGCCAUUGUGGCUCUGCGCAGCAGUUGUGGUUCUUGCAAGCUUGGUUGAACUUGUGGUCCCAGGAGACAGGCAUUUCCAAGGAUUCAUGUAUUGCCUUGCAGCAGCAGCCUUGAUCUGUGCCAUUGCGUGGGUGGUGGUGCAUAAUCAUUACAAACCUAAGCGCGGUUAUCGUGAGCCUCCGAACUGCUUCGCCGUUUUUCGGUUUUGUUGGUUUGUCCUUGCCGCGGUGAGCUUCAUCAUUGUGGCAAUCAUGGAGCCAGGUUGCGGUUACGGUGGAUACCAGACGUGCUAUGCGAACUGCGGGGGCCCAGGCAUGCACUUUUGGAUCUCCCUGAUACCACUCAUGUUCUUCUACAUCGCUCUGGUGUGGAUGCAGGGCUUCAAUCCCUUCCCGAUGGAGUUGCCACCUCUCCCCUGCUGCCAAGCCUCCCAGACUGAGGAAGAGGAGCCUGAAAAAAGCACAGAACCCGCCGCAUCGCAAGUGCCGCCCUCGAUUCCAGAUGAGGAGUCACAUCCUGCAUGA